GUGAUCGAAGAGACCAGUUGUUGAUUCGUUUCGCUCGUGGUAAUUAAAAUUUUUUUAAAGAUAUCAGUUACUGGUUUUAUUCGUAAUUGCAAUCGAGCUCGACAUAAACAUAAAUCGUCUAAAUUAAUUUUCGUGUUGAAUUAAGAAAUAUAAGAUCAAGAAUACAAAUAUAAGUUUUGUGUUUACUUCAGAUAAUGUCACCCAACAACAACGGUAUUUCAAAUAAGCCUGAAAAUCCUAACGAGUUUCUCGCCAUUCCAAAGUGGAUAAAUGAAGAAUAUUUUCGUCCUAUUAUUGAGAAAGAUGUAAUGGACUUUGUGAGCAUUAAGAAUUUUACACCCAUCGCUGCAACUCAUCCAGGUGAUAACUACACAUCUGUCAUGGUUCGUGUGUUUGUGGAUAUAGAGACCAAAGAUGGCAGUGAGCAGAAGCUUUCCUACAUUCUAAAGACGAUGUUGGAAUCAGAUAAGGGAGGUGAUCUUAUAGCUGGAAUGAAUUUGUUUCCCAAGGAAAAGCAGAUGUACCAGGUGCACAUACCCAACUUUGUCAGGCUCUACAAGGAGGCAGGCGUGGACAUUGAACUAGCACCCAAAUGUGUUCAUAUUGAUGAAAGUCCUGAAGGCAUAACCCUCGUGUUGGAAGAUUUGAAACGGCAGAAUUUUGAGAAUGUUGAUCGUCUCAAAGGAUUCGAUAUGGAGCAUAUGCGUCGUGUGAUUCGUAAAGUUGCUGAAUUGCAUGCCGCAUCUGCCGUGACCUACGAGCAAAAUGGACCCUAUGACGAGAUGUACUAUCAAUCCAUGCAUACAGAAAGCAAUCGCAAAUUAUUCGAGGGAAUGGGUGAAAUGAGACAAGAGCAGUACAUUAAGGCAAUGCGCGAAUGGCAACUUCCGGAUGUGGAGGAAUAUAUUGCAAAUCUUCCAUCGCCAACAGAAUUUUUCGAUAAAGGAAUUAAUCUAAACAAAGUCGACGAAGACGAGUUUAAUUGCUUAAAUCAUGGAGAUCUAUGGUGUAACAAUAUAAUGUUCUCUAAAGAUCGGACUCUGCUUGUCGAUUUGCAAGUUGGAAAAUGGGGAACACCCGCCCAAGAUCUUUGGUAUAUGAUAACAACAUCGCCAUCGCUGGACAUUAAGGUCAAGGAAUUCGAUCAUUUUAUUCAAAUCUAUCAUACACGCUUGGUAGAAUGUCUGAAAUUGCUGAAGUACUCCAAGCCUAUUCCCACUUUGAGAGAACUGCACGUCAUGAUGAUUAAAUACGGCGAUUGGGGUACAAUAACGGCAUCAGGUGUAUUAGAAGUCGUACUGAUGCCAUCUGAUAAAGAUUCCAAUAUAAACAUGAUGCUGGCACCGGGACCUGAAGGUGACGCUUUUCGUUAUAAGGUUAUGACUAAUCCAUAUUAUGUCAAGGCUAUGCUCCAAUUAUAUCCUUUCCUUAGAAACAAAGGUCUUGUAUAAAAGUAUAGUAUACGACUGUUACAAUUUAUUUUCGAUUUCAUUAACUUAACAUUGUACAUAUUAAUGUCAUAUUAUAUCAUCUGAAUCAAAUAUAACAAAUUGUCUGUUUAAA